GUAAUUACAUUUGGUGUAUGAUGGUAACGGCUUGAUUAGAGACUGGCGGACGGAAAUUAGGUUUUCGAGAGGGCCGCAGCUGUAUCAGUGCGGAGGCUGCGAGGGUAGUUUGCUGUCGUAGUAUUUUCCUGAGCCGUUGGCAGUGAACAUGUUGGAUCUGCCGAUUCGCAAGAAACCUCGCCGGUCGUCGCGCCUGGAACUGAAAGAAAUGCAAGAAGUGAAACUGAAAUACGUGGCGGAUUGCCCGGUCGGUUUCUUCGACAUGCUGCCUCCGGAAAUCAUUCACAACGUAUUUGGGUGGCUAGAUGCUGUUGACCUGAGUACGCUGACGGUGACCUCGAAGAGCACGCGCGAUCUGGUGGAGGCGUGGCUGGCGACACCGGGUGCGCUCGCUUCGCUGCUGCCGCGUCACGUGUUCGAAGAGCCGCCAUGCCGACCCGGCACCGGCCUCCUGACCACGUUCCAGCGUCUGGGACUGCUGCAGAAGCGGUCCACCUGUCUCUACUUCACCCGUGACAGGCUCAGGAUACUAUGGAACUUCGUCGACAGGGUGGACGCAUACUGGAACGGCGACAGCCCGGGCAUGCCCAGUGCUGUGACGCUCGCCUGCUACGGCCGCUUCCUGCACGCGGCCAUCGCCGGCUGGGAGGAGUGCGAGUGCGACAAGGUGUUUCAGACCAUUGAGGGCCGGUCUCGGACGGUGCAGCUGGUGGAGAGAGUGCUCAGCAGUCCGCCGGGCGCCGCCAAAGAGGACGAGGUCAACCUGCGCCUCUUCUACAGGCUGCUGUACCUGGACCCGUGCCGGACGAUGCGGGAGCGGCAGUUCUGGAUGAACCGCAUCCUAGCGCCCCAGCCGAUCGUCCGCCAAGCACGCCUCAUGUACCUCCUGUAUGGCCCCCGCACACAUGAUGAGAUCCUGUGGGACGAGACGACCGACAGCAUCCCGCACGGCGCGCAGCAGGACCUGUUCAGCGCACCCGACCACUGGCUGGCCGAGAACGUGGCCUGCCUGCUGCUGCUGGCCGGCGAUAGGCUAGCCGUCCUGCUGCUGGCCAACAAGGCGCUCAACGGCCGCAUCGGCGAGGUGGCGCGCCUGUUGGGAGCCAUCUGCAUCAUGUCGCACAAGUUCAACAGGAGCCAGAACUGGAUGAUGGGAGUAGUGCAGCAGGUCUGCCACGCCAUCGGCAACCCGCGGGACAGGACGAACUUGAUGCAGGCCAUCUGGGACGCGUUCACCACACAGAUCAUGGACCUGUGGGACAUGCGGCGCACCCAUCCAGGGGAGCGGGACCCGGACCUAAUCGAGGAAGACGUGCAGCUGCUGGUGUCAGCGCACGCCGAGUUCGGCAAGGUCGUGCUGUCGCGCGCCAUCAUUCCCUGCCCGCGGUGAGGCGGCGCCCGCCCUCCGGCCGCCUCUUACGUCGGUCCGGCACCGGGCACGCCCGGGCCAGCCAGCUCCACGAGCUGUCCGGCCUUCGGCGGCAAGCCGGCACCUCUCACACGGCUGGGCGGCCUUUGGGCCAGGCUGGCCACGCCACCAAGGCGGGCGAACAGUCCCGCCGAUGAACAUGCAAAUCGUGGAUGCGUGAGGGGUUACUAUUCAGCGCGUUCGGUGGUGUCGUGUUAUUCCUAUGCUAUUUAUAUCACAUGGCUGCAAUCUGUGAAUCUGUAUUUCUGUUGUAACGCAUUUUAAUGCAUUACAUUACUUUGUUACGAUUUCGUUUCAACAAAGCAGUUGCCAUCAU